AUGCGAACCUCAAGGCACAAGCUGCAUCUCAUUCUUCAGCUGGCGAAGCAUCAGAAACGCAAGCUCCAGAGCAAGAGCAGCAACGGCGGCGAAAAAGGCAGCAACAGCAAAUGCGCAGCACCAGGGACUUCACACUUGCCGAUAGUGGCCUUAAGUGGCAACGGCGGUGACUGCUUCUUAGAGAGGAGCUACAGCGUCAGCAGCAGUAAUAAACAUUCAAAUCCCUGCAGCAAACAGGACAGCAUCCGGCCGCUACGCCACACUCUCGUCGCCCCACGUGAGCAGCAGCAACAACAUCUGCUACAGCUAUCCACAAAGAGGAAGAAACUCCUGCACCGGAAGUGGCUAAAGGAGAGGCAUUUCGUGCUUGGUCGCUGCGGCCACCACCGUCUGCUGCAGGCAAGGCGCCUCGCGAGUUUACAACUUCUUCGGUGCAGCAACGAGCAGCAGCAGCGCAGUAGCAACAGCAGAAAACACGGGAGCAGCAGCUAUACAAAUGAGACAUGCAGGGAAAACAAUGGCAAUGAAAAAAUUAAACGGAGGAGGCACAGCAGCAGCAACUUCGCCAACAGCUGCAGCCAAUGCAACUUCAGCAACGGCGUGAGCAGCAACAGCGGCAGCGCCACCACGAACAGCAGCACGGCCAGCGUUGAGAAAGCCAACUCAAGCCCUGUGCUAGAACCUGCUCCUAAGUGUGCAUUUACAAAUAUUGAGUUUGAAGAGGGAGCCUCUCAAGCUUUGCAGCGCCUGCCAGAUCAAGAGAAGUACCAGGAGCUUGUGCAGCAGCAUCAGGUGAAUCAGCGCAGCGUGCAGCAGCAGCAGGAAUGGCACAUGCAGGAACAACAAUGCCGGCAGCAGCAAGAGCGCGAGGAAAUCUGCGAGGUGAAGCCUUUCAUAGAAGGCGUUUUGGGCGGCUUCAGCCGUUCAAGUACAAGUGGUUCUAGGCAGCAUCAGCAGGAACAAGAGCAGCAGGAUCAGCAACAGAAAAAGCAAGUUGAGCAGCUGCUGAAUCCUUUAAUAGACCCAUUGGAGGCAAGUGGCAGCAGCGCAGGUGACAGCAGCAGCACAGGAGAGUUUCACAACUACCAGCAAGACCAGCAGUUACUGCUGCAGCAAACGCCCGUUUGUUUGCAGCCGCGCCACACAGGAAAGUCCUCCGUACGUCGCUCUCAGCAGCAGCAGCAGCAGCAAGGGUUCGAGCUGGCGGCAGAUCCUGAAGAGAUCCGCCGCCGUCAGCAGCGGCUACAGCGAGAUUGGGGGAAGGAGCCUAUCUUCUGUAGGAUUCCGAGUCAGAGCAAACACGCACCGACUUUGCGCGAGCUAAAGGACAGGCUGGAAAGACUCGUGCAGCAGCAACGACAGCAAAACGAGCUGCAGCGACAGGUGCAGUGCCACCAGGGAGAGAAGCAACAGCAGCAGAACGCACAAGAAGGAAGCGAGGUGAAUGAUAACGAUCCACAAUUGUGCUCGGCUCAGGUGUUGCAGCAGCAAGCGGGCUGCUGCUGCUUUGGUGGCAACGAACACGGGAGCAGUCAACUGUUGGCAGGCCAGUUGCUGCUGCGACAGCGUAGGCAGCAGCAGGAAGCGUGGCGGAUACUAUGGCGCGACUUUGCGCAAGAGGAAUUUCGAGCGCUGCGGCAGCAUUGCAUUGCGCAGCGGCGAAGCGUCUUGAAAGCGGCAUUAACAGUGCCGGCAGCAACGGCAGGGGCAGCAGAGUCAGCAGCGGGAGGUGAUUGUCCCACCGAAGCAUCUCCUAUAGCUCUAGAGGCUGAAGGAGCAGCAGACGCUAUAGCACCAACAGCUGCAGCAGCAGCAAGCACACCGGCGGGAGGAGUAGACAGCGCGGCAGCAUUGACAUCACGUGCGGCCCCAGCUGAAGGAGAUGCUGCUGCAACUGGAGCCGAAGCUGUUGUUGAUUCAAGCAAAUGCCAGCAAUUGGAUGUGGAUGGAUUCCUGCUGCAGCUGCUGCUGCAGAAUCUUGCAGCAGCCGCUGCCGCAGCUGAUGCGGCAGAAUCUGCUGUCUGCUGCGCAGCACUGGAAAGAUUGCUGCUGCGGAAGUGCGUUGCACGAGCAGCGAGUGGGGCGUCAGCAGCUGCUGCUUCGACAGGCUUCCAUGCGCUCCUGCAGCAAGGCCUUGCCUUUCGGCUGCUUCUCACUACAGCAGCUGGAGCUGCUGCGCUCAGCACUGCCAACAGCAGCAUGGGAUCCAGCCUCACACUGGUUACUCGCAUAGAAAACGAGCAGCAGCAGCAGCCACAGCCGCAUCAGUGCCAACAGCAGCAGCAAAGCGUGGCGAGUUGGGCUCGACGCCUAGCCGCAAGCCUGCGGCUGCGGAAUUUCAACCGAGCUUUCAAGUUGCUCCAGUUGCUGCAGCAGCAGGCAUCCCGGGAGCAUUGUUCCGUAACCAGCUGCAAAGGGAACACGCGCCACACAUGCUGCAGCAGCUCGGAAGGCCUCGAAACCCCUAUGGGCUCUUGUUCCAUGCAAGGGCAGCAGCAAGCAGAGGAACAGCACAUGCAGCAGCAGAAGCAUUGUGGGCCACAGCAGCCGCAACAACACGGUGCACAGCAGCAGCAGCACGAAAGCAUACUUAUUGACUUGUUUUUGGCAUUGCUGCCGCUUCUACGCUCGGCUUUUGUUGAGCUGCUGCUGCAAGCAGGACCUCAGAAGCACCGUGAAGCAGCAGCGGCAGCAGCAGCAGCUGUUGCUGCUGCCGGGAAUAUAUCCACUGCAGCUCAAGGCAUCAGCCCUCACAUGGUCAAUCCUUUGCAUAGUGAACUGCUGCUGAAGCAGCAUCAGCAGCAGCUGCUGCUGCUGCAGCAGGAGCGCUCUAAGGCUGACGCUGUCCUGAAAAGCCUCCCCUUAAGUGUGCGGCGGCAACUGCUGUUGCUUUAG